AACCCUGAACAUGCCAUAGACCGUACGGAACAUGCCCACUGCAGAGUUUCCGGCCAUGUGAUCUAACAUGGCGCUCUACAGUAACUUCAAUCUGUCAAUGCCGCUCUUACAAUAAGAUUUUUUACAGUCUCUGGUCUAAAUAUGAAAUAUUUACUCGGACUGGGACCCUCGUUGGUCCGAUUCAGUGUGCGUUGUUGUCAUCAUCAGAGUGUUUGGGGCAGUCAUGGAACUAUACGGAAAGUUGGAGUGGAUUUAGGGGAAAGAAAGCUUGAGAUAUCUACGGGGAAGCUUGCUAGAUUUGCGGACGGGUCGGCAGUUGUACAGCUUGGGGAUACCUCUGUCAUGGUCACCGCUGUCAGCAGAAUAAAACCCUCUCCCUCUCAGUUCAUGCCACUUGUUGUGGAUUACAGACAGAAGGCUGCUGCAGCUGGAAGAAUACCAACCAAUUAUCUUCGUCGAGAGUUGGGAACUACAGAUAAUGAAAUUCUGACCAGUAGACUCAUUGAUCGGUCAAUAAGGCCCCUCUUCCCUGCGGGAUAUUUUUAUGACACACAAGUGCUUUGUAACCUGUUGGCUGUCGACGGAGUUAAUAAUCCAGAUGUGCUUGCCAUCAAUGCAGCAUCUGCUGCUCUGGCCUUGUCAGACAUCCCAUGGAAUGGACCAAUAGGUGCUGUCAGGAUGGGUUUGGUUGAUGGGGAGUUUAUUGUGAAUCCCACACGAAAACAAAUGUCCGAAAGCACUCUGGAUCUGGUUGUGGCAGGAGCAGCGCACAGUCAAGUAGUGAUGAUGGAGGCCUCUGGAGAGAACGUUCUUCAGCAAGAUUUCUGUCACGCCAUCAAGGUUGGUGUCAAGCACAUCCAGCAGAUCAUCCUGGGUAUUCAGCAGCUGGUCAGAGAGCAGAAAGUGGUCAAACGAACACCUCAAAAACUGUUCGCUCCCCCCCCAGAAAUGGUGGAUUUCGUACGCAGACAGGCUAGUGAAAAGAUCUAUGCAGUUUUCACUGACUACGCCCAUGAUAAAAUUUCCCGAGAUGAGGCUGUAAACAAGAUAAGAUUGGAGACUGAGGAGCAAAUUAGAGAAAAGUAUCCUCAGGCAGAUAUUUUUGAAGUUAUUGAGUCGUUCAAUGUGGUUUCAAAGGAAGUAUUUCGAAACCUAGUGCUCAACGAGUACAAAAGAUGUGAUGGUAGAAGUCUGACUGCACUGAGGGAUAUUUCUUGCGAAGUGGAUAUUUUCAAGCCUUUACAUGGCUCAGCACUAUUCCAAAGAGGACAAACCCAGGUUCUUUGCACUGUUACUUUUGACUCCCUUGAAUCCAGUGUCAAAACAGAUUUAAUUACCACAGCUUUAAGUGGCAUUAAAGACAAGAAUUUCAUGCUUCACUAUGAAUUCCCACCAUAUGCAACAAAUGAGAUUGGAAAGAUGGGCGGUAUGAACAGAAGGGAGCUGGGCCACGGAGCACUAGCGGAGAAAGCCUUGAGAUCCAUCAUCCCCAAAGACUUCCCCUUCACAAUUCGUGUCACAUCAGAAGUUCUGGAAUCCAAUGGAUCUUCAUCCAUGGCAUCUGCUUGUGGAGGCAGUUUGGCUCUGAUGGAUGCUGGUGUGCCAAUAUCAUCAGCUGUGGCUGGUGUGGCAAUUGGCUUGAUAUCCAAGCCUGAUCCUGAGAAACCGUCUGAAAUUCAGGAUUAUAGGUUACUGACAGAUAUUCUGGGAAUUGAGGAUUACAAUGGUGAUAUGGACUUCAAAAUGGCAGGGACGAUUAAAGGCAUCAAUGCCUUACAGGCUGAUAUCAAGAUUCAUGGGCUGCCUUUGAAAAUUGUAAUGGAGGCUAUUCAGCAGGCCACAGUGGCCAGAAAGGAGAUUUUGCACAUCAUGAACCAGACUAUUGCUAAGCCAAGAGCCUCCAGAAAGGAAAAUGGGCCUGUUGUUGAAAAUGUCCGUGUGCCUGUCUCAAAGAGAGCCCGUUUUGUGGGACCAGGUGGCCUCAAUUUACGUCGGAUUCAAGCUCAGACAGGUGUCACAAUAAGUCAAGUGGAUGAGGAGACUUUCUCUGUGUUUGCGCCAACACCUGGUGCCAUGAGCGAAGCCCAGGAGUUCAUCACAGAGAUUUGCAAGGAUGAUCAAGAACACCAACUUGAAUUUGGUGCCAUUUACACAGCAACCAUCACUGAAAUAAGGGAUAUUGGAGUUAUGGUAAAGCUUUAUCCCAAUAUGAGCCCCGUGCUUUUGCAUAACUCUCAGUUGGACCAUAAGCGGAUUAAACAUCCCAGUGCCCUUGGUUUUGAAGUUGGACAGCAGAUCCAAGUUAAAUUCUUUGGACGCGACCCAACAGAUGGAAGGAUGAGACUUUCUCGGAAGGUGCUUCAGUCCCCAGCAGCAUCAGUGGUGAAAACACUGACUGACAAACACAGCAUCACCUUGGGGACAGGCAAUGGUCAAACUUCAAGUGCCUCCUGAUAUAAACGGACUCCUGUACCAUGAAUAUGUCAUGAAGUUGUUUCUAUUGUGCAUGUCUUUUCUAUAUCUGUAUUAAUGAAUCACCAGUGUAAAUAAACUGUGUCCAACUGUUCCUUUU